CACUGGGCCGUACCGUAUGUUUCACAAUUUGAGCUGCGUCUUUCGCCGUGCCCUUGGAAUUGAGGGCUGCUAACGGCCGGUAGUGUGCUCUGUUUGUCAAGUGGCAAGGGUAUGCACGACCGUCGUAGGGGGCUGGUAGGCUCAGCCUAGGGCGAGAAGUGGACUGCGGAUGGCGUGCUCGAUUGUUGGAGAUCCUGCUUGUCGAAUAGGGGAGAGCGUGAUUGGCGGCUACCCGGUUGCAGUCAUGUCUCACGGAGUUGAAGAUUCGAACGUGACUCGGGGACGACCAGCUCCGCGGAGCUCGGACGGGAAUGUCCUCCUCCUGACGCCGCAUAAGAGGUCUUGGGACCUGGCCUGCAACGAGUUGUGGCUCAAACAGCUCUUGAGGGUGGGAGCCGAAGUUGGUUCGGAGCGGUGGCCGUUAAGCUUGACGUUUCGCAGGGAGUGCAGCGACCGCAGCCACAGUAUGUCAUGGGUGUGUGGGUACGUGAGCUCUAUGCAUGGCGAAUGGACUGGAGAUCAGGGAUUCUGUGGCGGCCUUUGCGUACCAAGCGUUCUUUGUAAGAACCUUGACUCUUAGCACUUGCACUUGGCUAUCAUCUUGCGUGACUCAGGCGCAAAGAGUGCAGGGCUGCACUGGGUGGCAUAUCCAUGUACCGAUUGCGUUGGAGAAACGGGAAUGUUUGCAGUCCAUUCACUCUCAAAGGUAUGGGUCUGACGCGCGGCAGACCGGGACUCCGAUCUUUAUUUGUCCAUGCGUGAAUCUGAAUUGGAACCAAACAAAGCAAACCCGGCUUGGUCAGUUCUGUUCAACGACGACGGGCAGCGGUCUUCAGCCCCCAUCCUUUCGACCCUCUACUCCCCCCAUCUGCAUACACUCAAGCGACACCCGCAUCCACACGACUGCAGUAGGUGAUCUCAGAUACAUAAGUUGCAACCCUGUUUUGUGUGGGUUUGGGUCUGGGUUUGUACAUAGGCGUCCGUAUACGAAGCUACAGACGCGUGCACGGCGGACGAACGACGACGUAACCGAAGCGAAGGAACGACGGACCGACGCACGGACGAUCACACACGCACGCACACGAAAUGGACGCGCAGACGUAUCCAGCACAGCUCUCGGCGUCGGCUCUCACCCCCGCACAGCAGACGCAGCACCACCAGCACCACCAGCACCACCAUGAACAACCACAGCACCAACAACACUUCCUCCCCCCACCGCCCGCCUCGCAACCGCCCCCGCCGGCCCACCCAGGCGCGCACGCCCCGGAUCCGCUGUACACAGCAAUGCUCCAGUGCCCGCGCCCGACGUGGAAGGUCACCGCGCUGUGCUCGUCGCCCCGCUCGCCGGCGGACAGCACCCGCACGGUGUUCGCCGGGCCCUGGCGCCACCCGUGCGAGCUGGAGUACAUUGGCCCGCACCACCCGAGCGCACACAUGUGGAGCGACUUUGCGAUCCUCGCGUAUCUGGUCGGCACCGGCGUCACGGUGCCGCCGCGGCGCGGCGAGGGGCGCGAGACGUGGGUUGAGGUCCGGGUGGGGGAGGCGGCGAAUGGGACCGGGAACGGGAACGGAAAUGGGAGUGGGAAUGUGACCACGACCACCCUGCCGCGCGGCUACCGUAUACCGCUUCUCUGGCUCAUGCGGGUGCAAUGGGAGUCGUUGCGACUGCUGCUGACCAGUGCGCGGCCGAUGUGGGAUAUCUUGAAGUUCGACCUGCUGCACAUUGGGCGACUGGUGACCCAGUUUCUGGCCAAGGCGCGCAACGAGGCGCGCAUGAAACGGGGCUGGCGCGACCCCAUGUUCGACCGCGUGCUCACCCGCUUUUUCAACGGGUGGAUGGGAUGUCGAGAUCCGUUCAUCUGGGAUUUCUACAGGGAGUUCCGUGAUGAAGAGUACAAGGAGGAUGUGCUGACCAGACGCUGGGCACCCAAGGUCGCAAAGGGGAUUCAGGGCUUCAUCGUCACAGACGAGGAGCUCGUCAUGGGGAUCACCGCUGUAGAAUAUAUGCAAGGGCUGAAACUUGACGCUGAACGAGGGAUGUUCACAUGGGAAAUGCCACCGGAGAUCGCUCCCCCCUUGGAAGCGAUGCCGACGCCGAUAAAGGCUGUAGACCCAACACCAACGAUCGCCAUACCAGCCGCAGCAUUACCAACACCAACGAUAGCAGCACCAGCAAUCGCCACAUCAUCUGUAACGGCGACAGCAUCAUCGACAGCGGACGCUCUCACUGCGUCGCCGUCGCCUGACAUGCCGGGAUCUCCAUUGACCUCCGAUGGCGAGUCUGGGACGUAUCAGCCUCAUCCGUCGGUACGCAAAAAGGCGUCGAAAAGCAGCGCAGGCACGCCACGACCUCUGCGGACCCGGACGAUCAGCGGGGGCACCUCCGCAGCAGGUAGCCCGGCGGCAUUCCAAGUCACGUUCACUGCGCCGAUCGAGUCACGGGGCCGCAAACGCAAGAUCGCAGAUCUGUACAACAGCAGCAACAACACCAAUACCGCUGCUGCUGCUGCUGCCACCGCCAGCAACCGCAUGAACACAGGUUCGCCGCUGACGUCGGACAACGAGGAGGAUGAGGAGAGCAGUGUGACUGGGACGGCUACACGCGCUGGGAGCGGGGCGCCCGACGGCCGAGCAGGCUCUUAUGGAGUGCCUUCGCGUGUCGUUGCACCGAGGCUAGCGGGGUCCUCGGACGUAUUUGGGACACCGGCGGAGCCCGAGAAGGAGAAAGAGAAGGAGAAGGAGAAGGAGAGCGCGGAGGCGCUGACCGCAGCGGAGAUCCCCGGACCGGAGCGUCCGCCGUACAAGCUUUACGCGAUCUCGUCUUCGCCGUCCACGCAGCCGUUCCAGCGCAUGCAGGACGCGGUGAUCCCCCCGUUCGGCACGUGGCGGCACGCCGCGGAGCUCGGGUAUGUUGUCGAUCCGGAGCGAUGGAGCGAUUUCGACAUCGUCGCGUUCCUGGCGCAGACGGCGUGGAGCGUGCCGGACAAGACGGCCGUGUCGACGGCGGGCAAGAGCUGGAUCGACGUCGAGUACCGGCACGGCGAAGUCCGUGUGGCGGUGCCCCGGGGCUACCGCGUGCCGCUGUUGUGGUUCGGGCGCGUCUUAUGGGACUGCGUGAAGCUGCUGCUGACGACGAGCAAGCUGUUUUGGCCGGAGAUGAAGUGGGACGUGCUGCAUAUGGCGCGGCUGGCGGAUGAGUUUUUCGCGCAUGUCCGGGCUGCGCAGCCGGGCAAUGUAAAGCGCGGCUGGCGGGAUGUGAUGCUCGACCGCGUGCUGACGCGCUUUUUCAACGGCUGGAUGGGUGUGCGCGAUGAAUUCGUGUGGGACUUCUACAGAGAGUUCCGGGAUGAGGAGUAUCAGGAUGAUAUGGUUGGCCGACGCUGGCACGGAAAAGCGGUGAAAGGAAUUCAGGGAUUUGCCGUUACUGAAACCCAGCUUGUCCAAGGGAUCACUCGUGAACAAUUCACCGAUGGCCUGGUCGUUGACCAUGAGCACAAGACGUACCGGUGGGAGGUUCCUGAGGCCGAUCCUGUCUCUCCGCCCCCUCCCGCUGCGGUGUCAUCACCUGCACCCGCACCCGAAUCUGUGCCUGCACCUGUGCCCGUGCCUGCAAUCGUCACAGCUCCGCCGCGCCCGAAAUCGCCGCUCUCGCUCACGCAGGUGGCAGCCACAAGCCCAUCACCCAUGAUCGUCAACGUCGACAUCGAUCCGGACACGACGAUCACCGGGCCGCCUGAUCCGGAGCCGGAGUUCGACGAGACCGAGUUCCUGCGCAGUCGGCUGCCGUCGCCGUUUGGCGGAGAGACCCCGGUCGAGAAGGAGAGAAAAGAGACUGCGCCAGCGCCAGCGCUGGUGCCGGCCCGGGACGUGUCGAUUCCGCCUCUGGUGCUGGAUGACCUGGGUCUCGAGGACGACGGGGAUGCGGAUGCGGUUGGGGAUGACGACGAUGAGGUUCAGAUGGAGAUGCAUCAAGGCCCGCCGCAUAUCCAAGUGUUUGAAGAACCGCUGCGGAUCCGCAUUGUACCACAAGCACAGCAGCAGCAGCAGCAGGAACAGCAACAACAGCAGCAUGAGCAGCAGCAAGAGCCCCAAAUGGAGAUGGAGGAGGAAGACGAGUUCCAAGGGCUGGUGAUAGAGCCUGUGGAGCGGCUGACACUUCCCCCAGAGGAGAUGGAGGAGGAAGAUGAGGAACAAGAGCUGGUGAUAGAGUUUGUGGAGCACCCGACACUACACCAAGAGGAGAUGGAGGAGGAAGAUGAGGAACAAGAGCUGGUGAUAGAGUUUGUGGAGCACCCGACACUACACCAAGAGGAGAUGGAGGAGGAAGAUGAGGAACAAGAGCUGGUGAUAGAGUUUGUGGAGCACCCGACACUACACCAAGAGGAGAUGGAGGAGGAAGACGAGUUCCAAGGGCUGGUGAUAGAGCCUGUGGAGCGGCUGGCACUUCCCCCAGAGGAGGAAGAGGAGGAAGAUGAGGAACAAGAGCUGGUGAUAGAGUUUGUGGCGCUGCCGACACUACCCCAAGAGGAGAUGGAGGAGGAAGACGAGUUCCAAGGGCUGGUGAUAGAGCCUGUGGAGCGGCUGACACUUCCCCCAGAGGAGGAAGAGGAGGAAGAGGAGGAACAAGAGCUGGUGAUAGAGUUUGUGGAGCAUCUGACACUUCCCCAAGAGGAGGAAGAGCAACGAAAUCAGGACGACGUGGGCAGAGACGAUUCGAUCCGGUCUUCGUCGAGCCCCAGUCCGCGGCCUGAAGCCGUGCCUGCGCCGAUCGACGACGGGAGCGACACCGAUGCGGACGGGGAUAUUGAAGUCGAGGGCGACCUGCUCUUCGUGGGUGUUCCGCAGAGAGAGGAGGAGCGACUGGCACAGCCUGUGCCCGCACCGGAGCCUGAACGACGAGACGAGGAAGCCACCGUCCGUGUCCAGCCUCACGAUGACAAGGAGAAAGACGAUGAUGACGAGCAGGACCUUCCGCCUGGUUUGGGACACCACCAUCUCGAGGACGAAGUUGUGUUCCUCGGCGCAAACCCACCCUCGAUCACUGAUGACGAUGACGAUGGGACCACCAGUUCGGGAAUCCCUGGACUGGGGCUCAACUUCGGACUGGGGCUCAGUGCGGAAGAGUCGAGGCAGGUCAAGGUGGAGAUGCUAGCUGAUGUGGAUGUGCCGUUCCCUGCCAGAUCGGUCUCGCCGUUAGUGGUUCCUGCAGCCCAGUCUCUGGCAGUCGAACCUAGCCCGACGCUUCCUGCUGAAGAUCUACCUCCUGGACUGGAGCCCAGAUCAGCGAUUGAUGCUGAAGCUGAAACCGCGCCCCCAGUUGUUGGAUCAGAACCGGAACUUGGGUCUUCGCGCGAACCUGAACCCGAACUCGAGCCUGAGCCCGAGCCCGUACCCGAACCCGAACUCGAACCCGCGCCUGCGCCUGCACAGGAUCCUGAAACUGAACGCCAGCCUACCCUCGAACCUGAAUCUACACACGAGCCAGAACCCGAGAUCGAGCCCGAGAUCGAGCCCACGCCCGAACUUGUGCAGAAUGCGCCGGAGAAAACCCAGUCCCCUCUACCCGAGGCCGCGCCUGUUGCUGCUGCAGAGCCUGCAGCCGCCGCUCCUUCCGCCGCUCAAAACAAUGCGGAGCAGGACAGCGACAUGGAGCAGGACAUGGAAGUGGACAUGGACUUGGACAUGGAUUUGGACAUGGACAUGGACAUCGAGACGCCCAUCGAGUCGGAUGUCGAGCGAGCGGAGGCGACGACGACCACUAAAUCUCCCGUGCUGGUCGCGGCUAACGACAACGGCCGUGACGACGGCCGUGUCGAGUUCGCCGCCAGUGACGACGACUGCGGCAGCGGCAAUGACUAUGACGCCGAAAAGCCCACCGCUCAGCGCGUCGCGAAGUCUGUUCACACCGGAUGCCACGCCUGUGCGUGCUGGUGCCGGGGUAUCAAGCGCCACGUCGGCCACACCCGAUGCGAGUCGGCCGACGCCGACGAGCGUCAUCUCGGCUGCGAGUACCAGCUCUGCCGCAGCGAGAUCCAUCGCGGGAUUCGCAUUCGGGUACGGGAUCGGGAUCGCGCCGGGGCUGACGCUGGCCUCGCCUUCUUCCUCGGCGGUAGGAAGCUCGAGACCGCUGUCGAGUGCGAUGCCGCCGAGACGGAUGGGCGAAUCCAGCCAUCUGGACAACGGCAUCAACAAUUGAAUGGUCCACAGGCGAAUCUUGCGACGUCCGUCGCAGCGCCGCCUCCGCCGUCUGCGCCUCCUCCGACGAGCGCACGGAAGACGACCGCUGCCACUGGUGCCAAUGCCUGGCCCGUGUCUGGAUUGGGUCUGCCGCGAAACGUGACGUCCUCGGCGAACAGCGCGAAGCCCAAGCCCAAGACGAAAAAGGGCAAGGCGAAGGCUGGAGCAUCGUCCUGGCCGCCGCCGCAUGAUCACCAGCAGCAGCAGCAGUCGCCGUUGGACUCCGGUGUGUACUACGACCCGGGUGCGGGCAGGUAUGGGUACGAUCAGCGGUCUGUGCCGUCCCAGAGCUGGUAUGGAGCGCCGCCCCCGUCGUCGCAGGCACCACAGGACGAAUACCAGCCGUAUUCACCGCUCAUGUCGCUGGGCGGCGGCGUCGGGCCGAUGCCGAUGCCGAUGCCGAUGCCGACACCGUCUGCGAUGAUCCGGAAUCCCACCCCGCCGGUGAACGCGCGCGCAGGAGUGCGGACCCUUCCCGGUUUCGAGAUACCUCCUGCGGUCUUGCGAAACCCGACCCCGACCCCGCCGCCGCCUGCCCCUCCCCCGAUGAUAAUCCGGAACCCGACCCCCCCGCCGGUGGUCAUGCGGCAGCCGACCCCCCCGCCGCCACCGCCAAAGCCCACCAAGGUGACGGCGGAUCGGUCGACGAGCCCGCCCCCGGUGCCACGACGGAUGUGCAUCAAUGCGUCGGUUGUCACCGACCCACUCCCGCCGCCGCCGAAGGAGAUCGACUUGGAGGCCUUGGAAGCACGGCUGCUCGAGCGCCUGCGGGCGGAGAUGCCAGCACCAGCACCGCCGCCGCCGCCUCCACCCCCAGCGGCGCUGAAGGUGGAUGUCGACGCGCUGAUUGCGCAGCUGCAUGCGGAGAUGCCGGCGCUGGUCGCGCGGAUGCGUGCGGAGAUGCCGGAGCCGCAGGAGCCGCGUGAGGUCGACAUGGACGCGCUCGUUGCGCGUGUGCGGGAGGCGAUUGCGGUGCCGGCGGUGGACGAAGCGGCGCUCGAGGCACGCAUCGCCGCGCGCAUGCCGGCGCCGCGGGAGCCGCGGGAUGUCGACGUCGAGGCGCUCGCGGCGCGCCUGCGAGGCGAGCUGGGCGCGCGGCUGGACGGGCGCGUGGACGAGCUGCGCGAGGCGGUGUGCGCGCGGGUGAUGGCGGAGGUCCCCGACGCAGUGCAUGCGCGCGUCAAGGCGGACCUGAUGGCGCAGAUGGGCAGCGUGCUGGGCCAGAUGCAGGCGGACCUGAUGGCGCAGCUGCGGGACGACGUGGGUCUGCAGCUGCGGUACUUCGUCGCGAAGCUCAAGGAGGACAUGGGCGCGCUCGUCCGAGAGGCGGUUGCCGCGAAUCUGGCGGGUGGCCAGGCGCCGUGGGUGGGGCAGGUCAAGGCGGUGCUGGGGGAGCAGCUGCGCGAUGCGUUGGCUGUCCAGCGCGAGGUGAUGAACCGGGACUUUGAGCGCCGCCGGGCCGGUGUUGCGGCUAGGCGCGUGGCUACGACGCCGGCCGAGGCGACGACGCCGGUCACGCCGAGCCACUCGAACGCUGUGAGCAGCAGCAGCACCGCCGGCAACAGCGGCAACAGCGGCAGCCAGCUGAAAUCGGUGCUCUUCCCGGGACGGCACCCGCUGCACCACCUCGUGCUCAGCGCCACUGCGGAAGAUGCGAACGCGGACGGGACGCCCAGCCAGACGCGGCCGUCCACGCCGAUGCCUGCGAGGCACCGCAAGUUUGUGCAGCCGCAGUCGGGGCUGACUAGUCCCGCAUCAGAAAAUCCCGUCGAGCGUCCAGCUGGUACUGAGCCUGCCCACCCUCUCCCCCUUCCGCCCCCGCCGACAUUGAUGGCUGACGCGCCGCUGCCGCCUGAGGACGCGCAGAUGGCGACUCCGCCCCCGCCCCCGAGCGCGCCGGGUCUGGCCGUGGCGUUGGCCGCUGUAUGAUGUGUGGCUGCCGUGAUUGGAAGACGACGCCGACGACCGAAACGCUCCCGGUGUGUAGUUUAAUGCUUGUGUUACUUGAUAUAUAUAUACUACUGCUAGGUUCAUGUUUAUACGGCUCGUCGAGUGUGUGGUUGUUGCGAGUCUCUCUGUCUCUCUCUCUCUCUCUUGUCGCUCCUGCAUGACGUGUACUUACCUACUUGCUCACAUACAUUCAUAUAUAUACAUACAUGCGCACUUACUUUACGAUUGAUCAUGCAUUCAUCUAACCUUGAACCCGCGCAACUUGAGUUCAUUGGUCCCGGCGUAACGAGCGCAGCACGUGAUCCGAUGUUCCAGUUGACAACCGGGGGCGACCCGAGCCGGCAACUUGAAUAAUGACCUGCACUGCGCCGCCCAAUCCACCGAUAUCGACAUAAUGCCUCCUCUUGCGCGCACUGGUGGAGACGAAGACGGCGCAUUUUCUGUUGCGGUACACUGUUAGGUUCCCGCUCGGAUAUUUCCUCGUCCGUCCGGGACAAACUCAAAUGUGCGCAUGCAUGUGCAGCGCUUGGAAUCGUCGAGCGGAUAAUCCGAGGGACAACGACAGGUCAUCUGGAUUUGGA